AUGUCUCUCCAGGUCGACGACCGCAGUCGUCGCACCCGUUCGCGCUCUCCGGGCCGUCGCGAGCGCAGUCGCAGUCGCGGCCGUGCGCCGCCGGCCAUGGUUGAUCCCCCGCGCGAGUCCAGCUACGCUUACCCGGAUGACGACCUCAACGACAGAUAUGCCCGUGACAGAGGCGCGCACGUUGUCACCGCCGAGCCGGGUGCUGGCAGCACCAUGUCGGGAGCCAUCCCCUACCCAGAGGACGGCAGCGACGCAAUGUUUCCCGGCACCAGGUCUCUCUACGAUUACGAUGACCGCCGCGGCGCACCAUCCUACCGCCCGCCCCAGUCUCCUCAAGACAAUUACUACCGCAACUCGCGCGAAACCUACGAAGACCAACAAGCCCGCACUCCCGACCCUCGCGACGAUGACAAGUUGAAGUACCUGCCGGCGAAGUACAGCAGUCACAGCCGAAGCAACAGUAGAUACGGCAACGAGGCCGAGUACGCGCCCCCUAAACCGCCUCGCCCAGAUACGGGCGACCUCUACCCCCCAACGAAGCCUCCUCGCCCCGUCUCUCCCGGCGGCUACGCUUACGCUCAGCCUCAGCCUUACGAGUAUGCAAAGACCGAUGAGAAGGCUAAGAAGAAGGAAGAGAAGAAAAAGGCACUAGAAGAGAACCUUGCGUACGGUUUCGACCCUCACUCGUCUAGGCCAGGCUUGGCCCCUGAGCCUCGAUACUCUGGUCGCGCGCCGAGCCCAGGACCACAGAUCUCGGCCGGUGCUCAGGCAUACUACGGCAAUGACCCCCGCGUCUCAUCCAACAUCUUGACCGUCGAGCCUGGAAGCCGCAAGCGCGACAAGUCACCUCAGCCGCCGACUCGUCAUAUGUCGAACUUGUCUGUGAACACAGGCCAUCACUCACUGAACAUGAACAUGUCGUUAGCGAACGCACCGGGAUCGCCGUUGUUGGAGUCGUACCAUGGUACAUACCAAGAUAUGUCACCGAUGCCAUCGCCGAUGCUCCUGGCCUCCUCAUCACAUGAUCUGCAGGUCAUAGAGCCUGUUUCUCCAAUCGGCUCUGAUGACGAGGGUAGGCGACGUCGGCGGGCGCGGUUCCAUGACAUUGAGGAUGAUGCCGCAAGAAUUGCGAAGGCGCUCCGCAGCGACAGGAAAAACCCCGAUCCCGAGCCCCUGAUCGAAAUUCUGCCUGGUCUUACUCACGACCAAGUCAUGGAUCUUCGAAAGGAAUACAAGGCGCUUGUCAAGACUGGCUCGGAGCGCAAGGGCGUCAACGUGGCCAAGCACAUCCGCUCCCGUCUCAAGGAUGCCGAGCCGAACCUCAUGAAGGCUUGCUACGCCACCGCGUUGGGCCAGUGGGAGAGCGAGGCCUACUGGGCUAACUUUUGGUACCAAGGUGACAAGACACGCCGGGAGCUUCUCAUCGAAUCCCUCAUGGGCCGUACGAACCAUGAGAUCCAUCUCAUCAAGGACGGCUUCAGCGACAAGAAGUAUGAUAACAGCCUGACUAAGUGCAUGAAGACCGAGUUGAAGGAGGACAAGUUCAAGAAGGCCGUGCUGCUGGUACUCGAGGAACGCAGGAUGGAGGAGUACGACCCUUACGGCCGUCGCCUGGCAAUUGACUACCAUCUCGUCGAAGAUGACGUCGCAGACCUGCGCAAGGCUGUCAAGUCGGAAAAGGGCGGUGAGUCGCUCAUGAUCAGCAUUGUUGUACAAAGAAGCGACUCGCAUCUCCGCGAGGUGCUCAAGUUGUACGAGCGGACGCACAGGUCCAACUUUGCCCGCGACGCACUCAAGAAGAGCGGUAACCUUGUGGGAGAACUACUGGCCCAUAUCCUCAACGGCGUCAUUAACAAACCCGUUCGCGACGCCCUGCUCGUCCACCACGCUCUCACAGCGAGCCGCAAAGAUGACCUGCGUCGCGAGUUGCUCAUCUCGCGCCUCGUCCGCUUCCACUGGGACCGCCACCACCUCGAAGCCGUCAAGCGCGCCUACCGCGAGCGGUACGGCCGCGACAUGCAGGAGGCUGUCCGAGAGGGCACGAGUGGCGAGUGGGGUCUCUUCUGUAGGGAGCUGUGCAUUUACCGCAUGCCUAACGACGUCAAGAGCUACGAAAAGGUGCCGGCGCAAGUCCGGUGA